AUGAGGAGCAUUAAAAUGGCCACAACAAACUGGACAGUUGUUUCAAAUUUUGUUUUUCUGGGAUUUUCUCUUUACCCCAACAUUGAAAUCACCAUAUUUAUCCUGUGUCUGCUAAUAUACUUGAUCACCUUGCUGGGUAACAUCAUUCUGAUCUCCAGCACCAUCUUGGAUUCCCGCCUCCACACCCCCAUGUACUUCUUCCUCAGCAACCUCUCCUUCCUGGAUAUCUGCUAUACCUCUUCUGCUCUCACACCAAUGCUCACAAACUUUAUUUCAGGGAAAAACACCAUCUCAUUCUUAGGCUGUGCCGUUCAGAUGUACUUCUCUCUUGCCAUGGGCUCUACUGAGUGUGUGCUCCUGUCUCUGAUGGCCUAUGACCGCUACGUAGCCAUCUGCAAUCCUUUGAGAUACCCCGUUAUCAUGAACAAGAGGGUGUGUGUGCAGAUUGCUGCUGGCUCCUGGGUGACAGGCUGCCUCACUGCCCUGGUGGAAGCUUUGUCUGUUCUCCACCAAUCUCUCUGUGGAAAUAGCAUCAUCAAUCAUUUCACUUGUGAAAUUCUGGCUGUGUUGAAACUUGUUUGUGUAGACAUCUCUAUGGUGCAGUUAAUCAUGCUGGUAAUUAGUGUCCUUCUGCUCCCUAUCCCAAUGCUUCUUAUUUGUGUCUCCUAUGCACUUAUCCUUUCCAACAUCCUGAGGAUCCGCUCAGGGGAUGGCCGAAGCAAGGCUUUUUCUACAUGUGCUGCCCACCUGACUGUGGUGGUUUUAUUUUAUGGGACAGCUCUCUCCAUGUACCUGAAGCCCCCGGCUGUUGAUUCACAGGAGGUUGAUAAAUUUAUGGCUUUGGUAUAUGUGGGGGUAACUCCCAUGUUGAAUCCCAUUAUCUACAGUCUACGGAACAAAGAAGUGAAAGCAGCUGUGAAAAAAUUACUGAGGGCUACUACUCAGGAAAGUCUUGGAUUUUAG